AUGGCGAAGUUAGCUGCGUUCGUCGGGUUCUUGUCUUGUGUGGUGUUACUUGUACAAGCAAGUGAUGAAGCUCAUCAACAGAGAAUGUCACUGUUCUUCAGAAAAGAAGGUGACCAAAUGAUGAAUCAACGUGAAUCAUGGAGCCAACCCAGAAGAGAGGACUUGCAAGACCAAGAGAGGACUACGACUGAGGAGCCAUUCUGGACUGAACCAGAAUCUGAGAAUUCAGAUUCGUGGAAUAAGCUUUCCUCCAAACAGGACCAAAAAUCUCGAAGUUCAUUCCGAAGUGACUCUAGACGCACCUACCCCUCAAGACGAGAUGACACAUGGGACCAAGAUACUACGACGGAGUACUCUUGGACCGAACCAGAAACUGAAGAGUCAAGUUCAUGGAAUGAACCAUCCUACAAUAGUUUCAAGCAAACCUAUGGAAAACGUAGAGUUAGUUCAUUCCGACGUGACUCAAGAACUCUGCCAUCAAGAGACAGCAGUUCAUGGAACCAAUAUUCCACAACUGAAGAUCCUUGGAGUCAACCAGAAACCGAGGAAUCAAACUCAUGGACUGAGCUGAAGAAACAAGAAGAAUCCUGGCCACAUCAACUACCAAAUUCACGAGACAGUUGGAUGAACGUACAUCACUUUUCGAACGAAAUGUCGCCAGAGGCUCAGAACCCCUGGGAUGAUGGUUCAUGGACGGAAUCUCCUUCCGAUCCUACACCACCAAAUAUGACAGAAGACUCCGAAACAGCAUCUGAAGCUCAAGCCACCAGGGAAAUCGAUUGCACUGCUUCCCCAGACAAAGGACCAUGUGACUCCCUUACGCCAAGGUACUACUAUAACAGCGAUUCGAGUCGGUGCAGACGAUUUUUCUAUGGAGGAUGCCGAGGAAACACCAACAACUUCAGAACACAGGAGGAAUGUGAGGAAACUUGUGGAUCUUCUCUAACUAGAAGUGAACCUUUCUACUGCCCCCGUCCAAAUAGCCGAUUCGCAGACAUCUAUGACUGCACAACCUACUUCCAAUGCCAAGAUGGAGAAUCCAAAGUGAAAAGAUGUCCACGAGGACAGUGGUUUGACUACAGGAGAAGAGCUUGCACUUCUGAUGACAGUGCUUCAUGCUUCUACAAAUGUCGUCAACCUGAGGGUAUGUACAGCUACUUGCCAGAUUGCCAGAAAUACGUCAAGUGCUCCCAAGGAAAACCAACCGUGGUCAGAUGUCCAAGUGGUCAAGCCUUCCACAAAUUAGAGGGACGCUGCGUGCCACAGUCAGAAGUCAACUGCGGAGUAGUUCCGGAUCAAACGAGUGUUAAGGUUGAACUGACAGAUAGCAAGGAUUACAGAUGUCCAACUCCAAGCGGAAACUACCCAAAAGUUGAUGACUGCGCCAAGUAUUGGAGCUGUGCACACGGCAUCGCCAAUGAACAAGAUUGUGGAAACAAAUUCUUCAACCCCGAGACCUUGGAGUGUGACGAACAGAAAAACGUCUCUUGUCCUGCUUAUGAAAUCGGAAAGAAGGUGAUUUGCUACUUCGACAACGACCCACCUGCAGGCGAGGAGAUUUUGCCCGAAGACCUUUCUCCUUAUCUCUGCACACACAUCCACUACAAUAAUGCUAUGCUGGAGCACUCCGGAGACUCCUACACGAUUUCCUCUACCAAAAGGGAGAACGACAUUGUCCUUGGAUACUACAAGAGAGUGGUUGAUUUGAAGAAACUGAACCAAAAAUUGAAAGUGAUGCUGACUCUGGGCGGAUGGAAAGACAGCGAAUCUGCAAAGUACUCGCAACUCGUCUCCAACGUCAACAAGUGGCCCUCCUUCAUCCAGGCUGUGAUUCAGUACCUGAGGUUGUACAACUUCGAUGGUCUGGAGUUCGACUGGGAAUUCCCAGUCUGCAGAACCAAAGACUGCAACGGAAGACCACCAGUUGUUGCUCAAAAGGAACAGUUUCAAUCAUUCUUGGAGAUGCUGUAUUCAAGACUUUCAGAUGAAAAACUCCUUCUCUCUGUAAAAGUUUCUGGUGAGAAACCCGUGUUUGAAAACUCUUACAAAAUGGAAAAAAUAGGAAAUGUCACUGAUUACAUUGUUGUUAUGGCAUACCUACCCCCUGGUGAAUCGCAAUUCGACACUGUUCCACCUUCUGUCCUAAACGCUGGAAAGAACAAAAAACACACAAACGAAGAUGCGUCGACAAUAAUGGCUCUUUGGAAACACAAAGUACAAGACUCGAGUAAACUUAUUCUUGGUGUACGUGGAAAUGCCCGCGCCUACCAACUGAGUGACACCACGAAAACAGACGUUUACUCGCCAAUCCCAGCUCAUGGAAUAGCACCACAGGACAUGUCCUAUCGUACAGUUUGCUCCCUCCUGCAAUUUCGUGCUUGGAAGAAAGGAAGCAGUCCUCAAGUAGCUGACUUCAUCUAUCUAGAUGUUGCAUGGAUCGGUUACCAGAGCCCAGAAAACUUGCGCAAAUUUGCAGAACACGUAAUGAGGCAUUCUUACGGAGGUGUGGCACUCAUUAGUAACUUAGCAGAUGACUUCAAAGGUCGCUGCUGUCACGUCAAGAACCCCUUGCUCAAGGGCUUAACAGUUGGUUUCAGCAGGAGAGGAAUGACACCUAGUGAGUUCGGUUGCCCUUGAGAACUUUAAAAAAUCAUAAUUGCUUUGCUUAUACAUUAACAAAUUUACCGAAUGUUUUCUGAAUGUAAAAUAUCAUUUACGAAAAGUACAUAUACAUUUCUGCUUUAGCUGUUUGUCAUAUUUGUAAUUUUAUACAUGUAGAAAUAUUAUUAAGUGUGUUUUCUCAAUAAAUA